CGAUAAUUUGACAACCUGUACAGCAAGAGCAAGAGCAGGCAAGGUGGCGGAGGUUGGACCGGCUACAAGAUCGUUUCUCCGCAAAAAUGGCCACUUCCCGAGCCUUGGGGGCGCUCUGCCGGCUCCACACACCCAGAAUAUCACUGCUGAAGGGUGUGUGUGGGGUGCGUGGUCUGGGCACAAGCCGCAGCGCAUGGGGGCAGCACGUGACCCUGGGGGUGCGCGAGGGGGGGGUGGGGGUGCUGCGCCUGCACUCCCCGGGGAAGGUUAAUGUGCUCAACCGCGCGGUGAUGGAGGAGGUGGAGGAGGCGCUGGCGGCCGUGGAGGGCAACGCGGCGGUGAGGGCGGCCGUGCUGGUGUCGGACAAGCCGGGCUGCUUCAUCGCCGGCGCAGACAUCACCAUGCUGGAGGCCUGCACCACCGCGGCGGAGGCGGAGGAGAUCAGCGGCGGCUGCCACGACAUCCUCAACCGUGUGGCGGCCAGCCCGAAACCCGUCGUGGCCGCCAUCAUGGGCUCCUGUCUCGGCGGUGGCCUGGAGGUGGCCCUUGCUUGUCACUAUCGCCUGGCCGUCAAGGGCCGCGCCAGCCUGGGCCUGCCGGAGGUGAUGCUGGGGCUGCUGCCUGGCGGGGGCGGCACCCAGCGCCUGCCGAAGCUGGUGAGCGUGCCGGCCGCCCUGGACAUGGCACUGACCGGCCGCACCAUCCCAGCCGCCAGGGCACACAAGAUGGGCCUGGUGGACAUGCUGGUCAACCCCCUCGGCCCCGGCCUGGCUGACCCCAACACGAACACACUGACAUACUUGGAGGACACGGCCGUCAAGGUGGCCCUGGGGCUGGCCGAUGGCACCCUCAAGCCACAGCGCGGCCCCAAGACCCUGGUGGACAAGGUGACGGCCAUGGCUCUGCAGUACGAGUGGCCGCGGGACCAGGUCUUCAAGAGGGCCAGGGCCACAGUCAUGAAGCAGACUAAUGGCCUCUACCCAGCACCCCUAAAGAUACUGGAGGUGAUGCGCGAGGGGCUGGAGAAGGGCAAAACCGCCGGAGAGGCCGCCGAACGCAAGGGUUUCGGAGAGCUUGCCAUGACCCCAGAAUCACGCGGUCUCAUCGGCCUAUUCCACGGACAGACCGAGUGCAAGAAAAACCGAUUCGGGAAGCCGUCAAAACGCGACCAGACCAUUGGGGUACUGGGCGCUGGGCUAAUGGGGGCUGGCAUCGCGCAAGUGUCCGUCGAUAAGGGAUUCACCACGAUUCUCAAAGACGUCAACAACCAGGGGCUCGGGCGCGGCGUCAACCAGGUUCAAGGCGGUCUCGACAAGGCUGUUAAACGCAAGAAGAUGACGAAGUUCGAAGCUGAUACGCAUAUGUCGUCGCUCCUCCCGACCCUAGACUACCGCGAUUUGUCUAAGGCUGACAUGGUGAUCGAGGCGGUCUUUGAGGACAUCGCCUUGAAGCACCGCGUUAUCAAGGAGGUGGAAGCGGUCAUCCCCGAGAACUGUGUCUUCGCUACCAACACCUCGGCGCUCCCCAUCACGGAGAUCGCGAAAGCCAGCUCUAGGCCUGAGAAUGUCAUCGGCAUGCACUACUUCUCCCCGGUGGACAAGAUGCAGCUUCUGGAGAUCAUCAACACCGACAGGACUUCCAAGGAGACCACCGCAAGGGCUGUCGAUGUUGGCUUAAGGCAGGGCAAGGUGGUCAUCGUGGUGGGCGAUGGGCCAGGCUUCUACACCUCGCGGAUCCUGGCCACCAUGAUGGGCCACUCGCUGUACCUCCUCCAGGAAGGCGUGGACCCCAAGCGAAUCGACAAGGUCACGCGCGCCUUCGGUUGGCCGGUGGGCUCGGCGACGCUGGUGGAUGAAGUGGGCCUGGACGUCGCUCUGCAUGUUGGUCAGCACCUCACCAAAGCGCUCGGCGAAAGGGUGGCUGACGGGGACGUUCGUGUGCUGGAAGAAAUUGUAGCCAAAAACUUCCUGGGGCGCAAGACUGGCAAGGGAGUGUUUGUGUACGAGCCAGGCGUGAAGGAGCGGAACCUCAACGAAGGUGCGCUGGAAAUUCUCAAGAAGUACUCCAUUGAACCCAAGCUCCCAAUUGACGACGAAAGCAUUCAGCUCCGUCUGGCGUCCAAGUUCAUCAACGAGGCUCUCAUGUGUCUGCAAGAAGGCAUCCUCAACAACCCUCUGGAGGGUGACAUUGGGGCAGUAUUCGGCCUGGGCUUCCCCCCCUUCAGCGGCGGCCCCUUCCGCUUCGUCGAUAACUACGGGGCGGGGCGGCUGGCGGACAAGAUGCGGUCGUACGAGGCGGCCUAUGGGAUUCCCUUUACACCAUGCCAGCUGCUUCUCGACCACGCCGCCGACCCCAGCAAGAAGUUUUUCAAGAAGUAGAGGCGUGGAAUUCCUGGGUUAGGGGGGUAAGGAGCUCCCCUCGGCCCUCCUUCCCCCUUCUUCCGCUCUCUCAGCCCGGAGUUGCAAAAUUGUCCCAUCCGCUGCGAUUGGUUGGCACGGAUUUCGCCUUCAAUGGCCUCCUGGUAACAUAGCCGCAAGUCUUAUUUUCUGGGCCGAGAGAGCGAGAGAGAGAGUGAUAUUGUGUCCAAUGGUGCAAAUGGUAAUAUUAGCAUUCAAAGUCUAUUUUUUUCCCCCGUAGCUUCCAUGAAAAAGAGAGAUAAAUAUUUAAGACUAGGAUGUACAGUUUGUUAAGACACUUGGGGUUUGACAAAGGCCGGUAUCCUCAGACAUUUUAGGGCUCUCAUAACCACUUUCCAAGGCCGCAGAGGAGUGGUUCUCUUAGUGUUUGGUGUUGAUGGUGCAGAAGCCUUGUCACACUAUCACCAGGCUCAUAACACUACCCAUGGACACACUAACACAACCUCCACCAAAGCCUUGUCACACUAUCACCAGGCUCAUAACACUACCCAUGGACACACUAACACAACCUCCACCAAAGCCUUGUCACACUAUCACCAGGCUCAUAACACUACCCAUGGACACACUAACACAACCUCCACCAAAGCCUUGUCACACUAUCACCAGGCUCAUAACACUACCCAUGGACAUACUAACACAACCUCCACCAAAACCACUACUACUACUACUACUACUACUUCUACAGAAAAUUAAAGUUAUCAUUGAAAGUUAAAAUUUGAUAGUUUUCAUUCGUUUUUGCUCUGGGAGUCUGGUGGAAACUACAGUGAUUUGGCAACGCUGGUGUGUGUGUGUGUGUGUGUGUGUGUGUGUGUGUGUGUGUGUGUGUGUGUGUGUGUGUGUGUGUGUGUGUGUGUGUGUGUUUGAGGAUACUGGCCUGAGAAAUCACUUGUUAAUGUCUGUUACUGAAAUCUACCCCCCUCCUUCUCUUCACUAAGGAGGGAAGGAAGAGUUGCAGAAGGGGAGGAGGAGGAGGGAAGAGAGAGAGAGAGAGAGAGAGAGAAGCUUUACUGCCGUGUGGGAACUUGAUCUAAAAAGUGACGAUUUGAUACGAACUUGAACUUGAUGUAAAAGGUGACAAUUAAAAAACUUGAACUUAAUGUAAAAAGUGACAUACAAACAAAUCCUAUUACAACUAGCCGGCAUAGAAGCAUACAUACAUACAUACAUACAUACAUAGCCGGCCACCCCAGGAGCGCACACAUGUACACCCGGCCGUGUGUACCUGUGUGCGUGUCCAGUCUGUGCCUUGCGUAGAGAGACGGAGAACGCGUACAUGUGUGUGCAUAUAUGAAAGAAACCCCUACGUGUGCGCGUGGGAAAGGGGACAAAUAUCCGUACAUGUGCGCGGAAGCGACGUGUACGCGUGUGUACAUAGCUAGAGGGCCAGGAACGCACACAGACACCCAUCAAUGCAAUUAAUUUAGUGUGUGCGUCUGUGUCUGUUUUUUUCUAGGAGUCGGUCAUGUGUGUACAUUUGAUACAAUAAAGACUUACAUGAUGGUAA